UUGGGGGCCAGCAGAGCUUUGAUUAUCUCGUCGCCAUACCGAAAGGAUGUCGAGCGCGACACUCGUGCACCGUCAUGUGUUUGGGCUCAAAGUGACAGCGGCCAACAACGUUAUGUACGUUGACGACCAACUUGUGGCAUAUCCAGCUGGCCACAGCAUUGUCGUGUACGGCAUGGACGACAAGAAGCAAAAGUUCAUCACGUGCACAGAGAACACCGAAGGGAUCACGAGCAUCUCCGUGUGCGCCAGUCGCCGUUUCAUUGCGAUUGCGGAAAAGAGCGAACGAGGCGUCGUGAGCAUCUACGACCUGAAGACCCUCAAGAAGCGCAAAGUCCUGACAACGUCUGACUGCCUCAGCAAGACAUACGUGAGCAUGGAGUUCAGCACAGACAACCAGCUCUUGCUGACGCAAGGUGGCGCUCCUGACUGGGCCCUCGUCUGCUGGAACUGGUCCAAAGGGAAACCAGUGGCCACAAUUAAACUGGCACCGACCGGCACAGCCUCCCCAUCGACGUCGUCGUCGUCGUCGGCAGCCAAUGCAGUGCCCGUUGUGAGUCAGUGCUCCUUUAGCAACGUCGACCCGUCGAUUGUGUGUUGCACCGGCCUCAACAUCAUAAAGUUCUUUCGCAUCGUUGACACUGCGUUUCGACCGAUGCCAAGCAGCCGUGUCGAUGCCCAAAACUUUCUCUGCCACGCCUGGCUCAAGCAAAAGGAAGACGAAGUAGUUGUCGGCACUGCCACGGGUGAUCUGUUGUUGUUUCGGGCGGGGGAGUACAUUUGCAGACUCAUGGCGUCGCCCGGAGACAGCCGAAGCAUCACGUCGAUGGUCGCGACAAGCAAGGGUCUUGUGUGUGGCACCGACAAGGCCAUGGUGUCCCUCUAUGUUGUAAAUCCCGACCGCAGCACUCCUCCCGCGGAUACGCUCACGUUUACAAAAUCACUCAAGAUCGAGAAUGUGCCGUCCCGUAUCACGGGACUCACCGUCAGCCCGAAUGAAGAGACCAUCGUGGCGGCCGUGUCCAGUUCGCAGUUGUACAUGUUUCCGUAUCAGACAAAGGAGUCGUUCAAGACGGAAGAAAUCGAGCACUUAGUCACACCGUUCCAUCGACCGGGCGAGUCGGGCCAGUUGCACGUCACGGGGAUGGACGUGUGCGUGCGCAAACCGACGAUCGUGACGUGCGGGCUAGACAAAACGGUUCGGGUGUGGAACUACAUCGACCGCACGUGUGAAGUGCAUAAGCAGUUCACCGAGGAAGCGCACAGUGUGUCGAUGCACCCCUCGGGCCUACAAAUCCUCGUCGGGUUUGCCGACAAAUUGCGGCUCAUGAAUGUGCUCAUGGACGAUAUCCGUCCGUACAAGGAAUUCACAAUCAAGGCGUGUCGGGAAUGCCAGUUCAGCACGGGCGGCCACUUGUUUGCUGCGGUCAACGGCAACACGAUUCAAGUGUUUUCUAUGAACACGUGCGACCUCGUCGCCAACUUGCGCGGCCACAAUGGCAAGGUCCGCAGCAUUUACUGGAACUACGACGACUCAGGAUUGAUUUCCGCUGGGAUGGACGGCGCCGUGUACCAGUGGGACUUGGACGAAGCCAAGAGGGAGGGCGAGUUUGUGCAGAAAGGCGUGCCGUACUACUCUGCAGUGUGCAACCGGGAAGGGACGUCCGUUUUUGCGGUCGGGUCGGACAAGAUGCUGAAGGAAAUCGAGUUUCCCGCGAGCUCGUUGAGCAAAGAGUUCAACGCGGACGUGACGUUGGGCCAAAUCGUGAUUGCCCACUCGCAGCGGAUGCUCUUUGCCGGUGCCAACGAAGCAGACAAGCUCGGGACAGUCCGGUCGUACAAGUUUCCCUUGACGGGCGAGUUCACCGAGUUCCAAUGCUUGAACGGCCCUAUAACCCGCAUGCGCAUUUCGUUCGACGAUUUGUAUCUCCUUGUGUGUGGCGAAGACGGUGUCGUAUGCAUAUUUGAAAUCCGCGACAAGGAAGGCCGAGCGCGGGCGAAGGAUGGUCGGGAAAACACGGUUUUUGCUGAAGAAAUCUUGGUGACCAAGAGCGACUUGGAGGAGAAGAAUACGCUGAUGGUCGAGCUGAAGAACAAAGUGGAUGAGCUCACGCUGCACAACGAGUACCAGCUACGACUCAAGGACAUGAACUACAACGAGUACCUGAAGGAGCUCACAGAAAAGUUUACGCACGAAAUCGAGCAGGAAAAAAACAAGUACGAAGUCCUGCGAGAAGACAAGAACGACAUCGAGAUGGAGUACGAGGAGCGGGUCAAGCAAAUCGAGGAGAAACACCAGCAACAAAUGCAAGAAAUUGAAGCCGACUACCAGCAACAGAUCAUGAAAGAGGUCGAAAAGUAUCAGGACGUACUCCACCAGCGCGAGCUCCAACGAACGCGGUGGCAGCAGGAGCAGCACGCGCUUAUCAGUACGCACGAACGGUAUGUGGCGGAAGUGACAGAGGACUUUGAACAGCGUUUGGACGAAGAUCGCCAGUUGCGCAUGCAAAUGGAGGACGAACGAGAGGAGCUGCACAAGGAAUUCAGCGAGACGAAGAAGCAGUUAGAAGAGGACGUCGAUGAAGAGAUCGAGUCGCUGAAGAAGCGGUACGAGGACAAACUGGCCGCGGAGCGGGAGGCCACACUGCGCUACAAGGGCGAGAAUGGCAUCAUGAAGAAAAAGUUCACAGCGUUGCAAAAGGACAUUGAGGACCAACGGGACGAGAUCAAGCACCUCCUAGAGAAGGAGAAGGACUUGAUCGAACAGAUCAAAGCGCUGGAGAAGGAGAUUCAGUCGUUAAAGCGGGAAAUACGUGGGCGCGACGAAACCAUUGGGGAAAAGGAGAAGCGCAUUUACGACCUGAAGAAGAAGAACCAGGAGCUGGAAAAGUUCAAGUUUGUCUUGGACUACAAAAUCAAGGAGCUCAAGCGGCAGAUCGAACCGCGGGAAAACGAAAUCUCCGACAUGAAAGACCAGAUCAAAGAAAUGGACCGGGAGCUCGAGCUGUUCCACAAGAGCAAUGCGCAGCUCGACAUUAUGAUCGGCGAGCAACGCAAGCGCCUCGAUAAAAUGCAGCACGACAUCACACGGAAUCGCAAAGUGAUUGGCGACCAGCAGUCUCUUAUCCGACGGUUUCGGUGCGACUUACACGACUGCGUCCAGAGCAUUCAAAGUCCGAACGACUUGGCGCAAAAGGUCGCAAUUUUGUACCAGAAAUACGUGACCACCGACAUCAACGUGGGCGACGUGGACUUGGACAUCCAGCACGAGUACAGCCGGCAGAAGGAGUACCUCGAAAAGUCGGUCGACGUGCUCAAGCGCAAGUACGCGCACGACGUGACGGCGCAUCAACAGGACAACAAUCACGCCCGAAGCGACAACCUGGCGCUGAUCAAAGAAAUCAACGAACUGCGCACGGCGCUCAACGUGAGCAAAGCAACGCUGCAAAAGGACAAGGCGAUCCUCGGCACGCGUGAAUAUUUUACCAAGAAGAGCGGCGCCGACGAGGACAUCAACAAAGUAGUAGAGAACCAGCGACAAGAGAUUGAAGGACUGCGACGAUCCAUCAAGGCCAUGGAGGAGCGCAUGGACUCCGCGCGCACAGGCGGCAUGCUCCCUCCCAUGCGUGGUGUCGAUGGGUGACUUGUUUCACAUGCCUGAAAUGUACAUCUUUCCGGUUAAAAAUGGCAUCGGUCUGUUCAAUUUUCCGGAGAACACCAACAAUGUGG